CGGUUGUGUGAGUCGUAGGCGUUAGAGUCGCCGGAAGCUCGAGUGAUCCACUUCCACCCCUGCAGACCGGACACAGGCACGGUUGAAGAGUAAAAUUGCGAACCAUUUGCACGGUGCUAAAGUGAUCGCCUGAAAUAUCCCGAGGAUUUAUAUAUCGGAAAAAAAAAAAACAAUUGAAAGUUAAGAUCUUGAAAAUUUGGUGUGUUGUGGCGAACAGGUAGUUGCAGAAAGCCUUUAACUCACAAGUGCCAACACGCGAGCCCGACGUGUUCAGGAGUGUGGUUGUGGUAGGAGUGGAGCCAGAACCUGAUCUCCGGUUAGUUUCCUUCCGAUAAAAGAGAGAAAAAAAAGAAAGGAUAAGAAGAAAAAUAUAUUAGUAAAAGCAAUAGAACUUGGUUCAGUAAUAUACGGUGUAGGAAAAUUAUUUUGUUGUUUGUUCGAAAGAUAAGCUUGUGGUUUUGGAUGUGUUGUUUAUGAAGAUUCGUGUCAAAGUAAAUAAAAAGUAAAGUGCAUUUUUUAGAUAUUUUGUUUUAUAAAAUUUUGAAAUUCUGAUUCGUAGGAAGUGUCGAAGUAGCCAAGAGUCGCCGCCCGCGCCCCCGUGGCAACCCGCGCCCACAGCGACCGAGAGGAAGCCUUGGCGGCGCCGCCCGCGACCCGAGGCGCAGCCGGCCGCCCUCGCCCGCCCGCCAUGUGCGCGCGGCGGAGCGCUUCGUAGGCGGGAAGCAACUCGAGCCGCGACUGCGUGAUGCGCGGCGCCCGCGAGUGAUGAUAGAGGCGAUGAGCGGGCGCGGGCGUGCGGGCAGCAUGAGGAGCGGCGCCGUGGUGGGCCUCGACGUGAUCAGCCACACCCUCCCGCGCCGCAUGCGCUCGGCGUCGGACGCGCACCACCUGCCGCAGCCGCCGCCCACGCACCACCUGCCGUGCUGCCCGCCGCCGCUGGCGUCGCUGCGGCCGGCGCCCCCGCUCGCCGACGACGCGUGCGGCGACGGCUGCCGCGAGUGCCAGCCCGACCUGUGCCCCGAGGACGACUACCCGGGCCUCCGGCGCUCGUUCGCGGCGCACGUCUACCCCAGCGUCGUCACCUCCGGCGGGGGCUGGGGGGCCUGGGCGGCCGGGGGGGCGAGUGCGUGUCCUGCAGCCUGGCGGGGCCGCCCCUGCCCCUGCCCCCGCCCUCCUGCAUGUGCCCGGACGCGCGGUGCGGGCGGGCCGCCCCGAUGGUCGCGCCGCCGCCCUGCUCAGGCUGGGGGCGUGAGGCCCUGCGCGCCCACAGCCCGCCCCGCCGCGCCCACACCACUCACGACGCCCUCGACCUGCACGUCUCCUCCGCGGCGGCGGAUUUCUCGGUAGGUCGCCAACGCCCACUCC